CUUCCCAGCGUGCAACGCGGUUCUGUCAUGGCUGCUCACUGGUGCCGCUUGCAGCACAUGGGCUGAAAUAAACAGGUUGCCUUAUAGACGUAACAGUAGUGUACCCAGUAGCGGCAAAGAGAGCGAUAGUGUCAAUUAAAAACCAAAUCUUGUCUGAGUGUACAGCGUUUUGGGGUUUUAGGCGGACACGUCGCACGUGAACAAGAAUGGUGCGGGACGUAGAGCUGCCCGUACUGCGAGGCUUUCUCUCUGACAGAGAGACUACGGAAUGGAAGCAGAAUAUUUUCAGCUCUGCAGAGGGUGGCCCCCUGCUCCAGAGCCUGUUGGAGGGGGACUUUGAGGCGGUUCUUCUGAGCCCCCAGGUGCUGGACCUCCUGGGGGCCGAGUCGGAGGCUGUGGAGGGGGAGACCAUCGAGGCCUACCUGGAGAGGAAGGUGCUAGCCUACCUGAGCGACAGCACUGAGGAUGACCGCCUGGAAAGGCAGACAGCUCUGUUGGCAGUAGCUGUUGCCUGUCUCCACCUCUUUGUUCAGAGUAACUGGACAGGACCUCCAGUCAGCCUGCACGUGCCUGACCUGCUGCCGGCCUCCUUACUGCAGUCCCUGUCAGAGCCUCAGGCUCUGCAUGAGUCUCUUCUCAGUAGUCUGUUGCUGGAUGGCGAGUCGGUCUACAGCCUGGUGGCCAACCCCUUCUGCCUCCUCCUGGCCCGCGUGCUGUUGGUCACCUGCCGGCCCCAGCUGGACUCCUUCCAGCUGCUGCCAUGGUGGACUCUGCGCUACGUGUCGGUGCACCAGCAGGUGCUGGAGGCUUGCUCCCCCCAGCUCCUCAGCAUCGCCCGGACCUCCAUGGACAACGUGUCUCAGUGCGAGGCCCUCUUCUCCGGUCUGACCAACAGGCACCUGGCCCUCCAGUUCCACCUGGAGUGCGGCUACACCUGCCUGUCCUACUACGAGUACAGCCCGGCCAAAGAGCACUUCGCCAAGGCGCGGGAACUGGCUGAGCUCGACCUCAACAUGACUGGUGCGUUGGGUAAGCGGACACGGUAUCAGCAGGACUUCCUGGCCCAGCUCGUCCUGGACGUGAGGCGCAAGGGGAAGGCAUCGGUUCCAGAGGAUGAGAACGAAGCCACCCCUUCCCCUACUCCUCUCAGUCUGCUGCCAAAGGACCAUGCCCUGACUGAUGACACCGUGCUGAAUAAGAUCAACCUGGCCGAGCCAGAGGAGCAUGAGCUGCCUAACCUGUCGGCCGAAGAGCAAGCAGUCAUCCUGGGUGUCUGCACAGACUUCCAGAAGAACAACCCCAUCCACAAACUGACAGAUGAGGAGCUGCUGGCCUUCACUUCAUGUUUGCUGUCUCAGCCAAAGUUCUGGGCGGUGGAGGUGACUGCCCUGAGUCUAAGGACCAAAUUGGAGAGGGGGAGCUCACGCCGUGUGGAACGAGCCAUGACGCAAACACAGACCAUUGUGGACUACUUUGAGGAGAAGGCCUGUCCCGUUAACGAGCGACUGAAGGUGUUCUACUGCUGUCCAGCCCCUCCACGCUGGAGCUUCCAGAGACAGCUGGCCAGUCUGUUGACAGAUCUGGGUUGCACCAGCUCAGCGCUUCUCAUCUACGAGAAGCUUGAGAUGUGGGAGGAUGCUGUCAUCUGCUACGAGAGGAUCGGCCAACAUGGCAAGGCGGAGGAGAUCCUGCGUCGUGAGCUGGAGAAGAAGGAGACGCCGUCGCUCUACUGCCUGCUGGGCGACGUCCUGCGCGAGCACCAGUACUACGACCGCGCCUGGGAGCUGUCCAAGCACCGCAGUGCCCGCGCCCAGCGCUCCAAGGCCCUGCUGCACCUGCGCCAGAAGGAGUUCCAGCAGUGCGUGGAGUGCUUCGAGCGAUCGGUCCGCAUCAACACCAUGCAGAUCGGUGUGUGGUUCUCGCUGGGCUGUGCCUACUUUGCACUGGAUGGAUAUGAGGGAGCCGCCAGAGCCUUCCAAAGGUGUGUGGGACUGGAGCCAGAUAACGCUGAAGCCUGGAAUAACCUCUCCUCCGCCUACAUCAAACUCAGACAGAAGAUCAAGGCGUUCCGCACCCUGCAGGAGGCUCUGAGAUGCAACUUCGACCACUGGCAGAUCUGGGAGAACUUCCUCGUCGUCUGUGUCGAUGUGGGCGAGUUUGGCGAGGCCAUCCGGGCCUACCACCGACUCCUGGACCUGCGCGACAAAUUCAAAGACGCCCAGGUGUUGGAGGUUCUGGUGCGGGCGGUGGUGGAGGACUUGACGGAUAACCAAGGCGCCCAAGCCUCCACACACAAGUCCAAGCUGAAGGAACUCUUGGGCCGGGUCACUUCCUGCUGCAGCACCGACGCCCAACUAUGGCGGAUCUAUGCCCGUCUCUAUGGAGACGGACAGAGCAACAACGUAGAGGACAAUGAGAAAGCUCUGCAGUUCCUGACUAAGGCCCAUCGGUGUGAGACGCAGGCCAGUGGCUGGGAAAAGGACCUCACCACCUUUAGAGAGGUGAUGACCAAAGCCGGCCACAUGGCCAACGUCUCUCUCAGCUGUUGUAGGACGAAGACUAACCACCAGGAAGCGAUGCAGAUGCUGAACUCUUCGCGUCUCAGCCUUAAGAGUUUGACCACCAAAGCCAAGCAACUGUACACAGAUGUGGUCACAGGGGAGAUCCAGGCAGACCUGAGCGAUGAUGUCAAAAAGCUUGAACAGCUAAUCAAAGAGCUGCAAGACUUGAGCACCCAGCUGCGCAGCCAAUGAGCACGCCUCUCUGGCCAAGUUGUCCCCGCCCCUCGCUGGAAGCUGCGGACAUGUCAAGAUAAUCAAGACUGAAGGAAGAUGGCGGCAGGACGGGGUCUGCUCGCCUGGAAGCCUUAAUCUUAGUAACCCUCUAUUUUUAUAUUUCAACACAAGCGCAUCACCAAGUGAGCUGCUGAACUCUGAAGCGUUUCCCAUGCAGAAGAAUAUCUGCUGGAGACGACAAAACGAGACUGACUGCACAACGAAUACACCAAUUAAAGAAAUACUACAGCAGAAUAACACACAAACAACAUGUUGUACUGAUCCGAGUAUGUCCUCAUUAGCGAUGUUUGCAUCAUGUGCUAUAUCUCCAAACAUGACCUGGUUAGCUACUCCAAGCUCUGUGCAGUAUCUGUUCUAUACACUUAUUGCGACACCUUUUCCUUGUUUUACAGAUCAUACAACUAUGUAACUAAACACAACUGCACUCAGCCCAUAAUGAGAAUAAAUUCUUUCUUUGUUGUAA